AUGUCCUGGAGCACCUUUGCGCCCUGGCAAACGCAGUACCAGAAUAAGGACGAAAAGUCAACGCCCAGUCAAUCGUACAGCUAUAAAAAUGCACCAUGCUGGUUAAUGCAACAUUUAUUAUCUUUACACAUCAUUGAAUCCAACAUACUCUUCCUGUUUAUUUUCUCCUGUGGCCAGUUAUUCUACAACACUGCAUCCGCAGUACUGCCAUCUUUCAAUUUUUCAGGAAGUAAACCACAGCAGCACCAUUAUAAAAAAGUAGUGAAGCAGUGUGGUGCCGAUGAAAAGGACUGUGUAAUAGUUCAUAACAAUGAUCUCUCCAGGGCACGCGAAGAACUAACAGAGUUGCUGGACUCUGCGUUAUUACAAGAACCGCAGCUAAUAGAGCUGUAUUACUUCUACGUAAAUACUAAAGUUAUAUCGAAAGAGGCACACCAGAGACUUGGAACAAACAUCGAGUCUUAUCGCGGGGCUUCUAUCCCAUGGUCUUUCUGUGGGCGCAGCAAGCCUUACUGGACAGUAUCUUUGAUAUGGCAGCAGGAGCUGUACUGA